AUGGAUGUUGGACAAAUUCUUUUGGGUCGCCCCUGGAUUUUUGAUAACGAUGUCCACAUCUAUGGGCGUUCGAACACCUGCAUGUUCGAACAUGCUGGUCAAAAGAUUAAGCUUUUGCCAUCGCAACCCCGGGUUAAGGAUGACUCCAAAUGCAACCCUGUUAAGUCUAAGAAAGGAUUGAACCUGAUCACCGCUAAGGUUUUGGAUUCUGAGAUCGCUCAAGGCGCACCUCUUUACGCCUUAGUUGGUUGUGAGAUUUCCACCGAAUCUGACAAACCUAUUCCUCAGGAAGUCCAACCCAUUAUGGGACAGUUUGUUGAUGUCUUCCCCAAUGAUCUCCCAGAUCAAUUACCUCCACUUAGAGACAUUCAACAUGCCAUAAACUUUGUCCCUGGAGCUUCUCCCUAA